CUCUUUCUCUUUCGAGGCUCCUCCCUAUCCUGCGUUUCCUCCCCCCCCCCGCCCUCCCGCCUUUCACUGACUGCAAGCGAGCCGCUGUUGUUGUCAGUAGGUUUCGUAGCCCGCCGGGGACACUGGAAGCGCGAGCGCAGUCCGUUGGGCGCGCGAGUCAUACAACCCGACGAGAGCGGCGCGAGCCCCCCCCCCCCCCCAAAUCUCCAGAACGCCGAACCGUCCGCGCGAGUGUUAUAUUGUUUGUUUGCUGCCGCCGCCGCCCUAGUCGCUGAGGAGGCCACUCUGCGGCUUCUGUUCCCUUAGCCCUGUGAGAAGAGUGGACGGGUGCAGAUUCGAAGCGGCCACUUUUCCAUGCGGGGAGCGGCGGGAGAAAGGCGGAGGACUGCCGCCGGAGAAAAGACGGCUGCUCCUGCCGCUGCCAACAUCCUGAGCAAUAAGGGAAGAAGAAUAAGCAACUGUUUUCAGAACUGGAUAUGGAAAUAUCAAUAGAUGAAUCUUUAGAAAACAUGAAGAAAAACUUCAUGAACAAAGCAUAGACAAGAUGAUACCUCUGGAGAGGGCACUGCCAAGGUGCAUUUGGCAGUGAAAAUGGGUUAUGUAUCUACUUCAAAUAUCCUUAUAUGAGAAGACACCAAUUUCAAAACCCUUCAACAUUACUUCUUGACUUGCAGCAGUAUGGCAGGUUUCAAACGAGGGUAUGAUGGAAAAAUUGCCGGAUUGUAUGAUUUGGAUAAAACCUUAGGCAGAGGGCAUUUUGCUGUGGUCAAACUUGCCAGACAUGUUUUUACAGGUGAAAAGGUAGCAGUGAAAGUAAUUGACAAGACCAAGCUAGAUACACUAGCAACAGGACAUCUCUUCCAAGAAGUUAGAUGUAUGAAAUUAGUGCAGCAUCCUAAUAUCGUUCGUCUCUAUGAAGUGAUCGAUACCCAGACCAAACUUUACCUAAUCUUAGAGCUUGGUGAUGGGGGAGAUAUGUUUGAUUACAUCAUGAAACAUGAAGAAGGUCUCAAUGAAGAUCUGGCAAAGAAAUAUUUUGCUCAGAUUGUUCAUGCGAUAUCCUACUGCCAUAAACUGCAUGUAGUUCACAGAGACUUAAAGCCAGAGAAUGUUGUCUUCUUUGAAAAACAAGGACUUGUGAAAUUGACUGACUUUGGCUUCAGCAACAAAUUUCAGCCUGGAAAGAAACUUACAACAAGUUGUGGAUCUCUUGCAUAUUCUGCUCCUGAAAUUCUGCUUGGAGAUGAGUAUGAUGCACCUGCAGUAGAUAUAUGGAGCUUGGGAGUUAUACUGUACAUGUUGGUUUGUGGUCAACCACCUUUCCAAGAAGCAAAUGACAGCGAAACGUUGACAAUGAUCAUGGAUUGUAAAUACACGGUGCCAUCUCGUGUGUCAAAAGAAUGUAAAGAUCUAAUUACACGUAUGUUGCAAAGAGACCCAAAACGAAGGGCAUCCUUGGAAGAAAUCGAAAACCAUCCUUGGCUACAAGGAGUUGACCCAUCGCCAGCAACAAAGUACAAUAUUCCUCUAGUUUCAUAUAAAAAUCUUUCUGAGGAAGAGCACAACAGCAUAAUACAGCGAAUGGUUCUGGGAGACAUUGCAGACCGAGAUACCAUAGUAGAGGCACUGGAAACUAACAAAUACAAUCACAUCACUGCUACCUACUUCUUACUAGCAGAGCGGAUUCUAAGAGAGAAACAGGAAAAAGAAAUACAAACCAGAUCAGCAAGUCCAAGCAAUAUCAAAGCUCAGUUCAGGCAAUCAUGGCCAACAAAAAUUGAUGUUCCACAAGACCUAGAAGACGACCUUACAGCAACUCCUCUGUCCCAUGGAACUGUUCCUCAGUCUCCAGCUCGCAGUGCUGAAAACAUUCUCAAUGGUCACAGAAAUAAGGCACUUGGUGAUUCAGCAAAGAAAGAAGAAAUUCCUGAACUAGCUGGCCCAGCACUUUCUGUUGUUCCUUCAGUGACCUUAAAACCUACAACUAGUGGUCGGAAGUGCUUGUUUAGGGUGGAAGAAGAUGAGGAGGAGGAUGAAGAAGAUAAAAAACCUGUUUCCCUUUCAACACAAGUUGUCUUGCGCCGGAAGCCUUCAGUUACAAAUCGUCUUACUUCCCGGAAGAGUGCUCCAGUUCUCAAUCAGAUCUUUGAAGAAGGAGAAUCUGAUGAUGAAUUUGAUAUGGAUGAGAAUUUGCCUCCAAAACUUAGCAGGCUAAAAAUGAAUAUUGCAUCACCCAGCACUGUGCACAAACGUUACCACAGAAGGAAAAGCCAGGGUCGAGGAUCUAGCUGCAGUAGCUCAGAAACAAGUGAUGAUGAUUCAGAAAGUAGGCGACGUUUAGAUAAAGACAGUGGAUUUACUUAUUCCUGGCAUAGACGGGACAGUAGUGAAGGUCCCCCUGGCAAUCAGGGAGAUGGCAGUGGACAAAGCAAACCAAACAAUGGAAAUGGAGGUCUAGACAAAGCAAGCCCUGGUGAUAACAAUAAAGGAGGUGGAAGUCCUUCUGGUAGCUCUGGAGGAAGCACGAAUAACCAUUCAGGUUCUACACGUCGGUGUGCUGGAUCUGGUAAUUCAAUGCAGUUAUCCUCUAGAAGUGCAGGUGACCUUGUAGAAAGCCUCAAAUUGAUGAGUCUCUGCCUAGGUUCACAGAUUCACAACAGUACUAAAUACAUUAUUGAUCCGCAAAACACCAUAUCAUUUUCCAGUGUUAAGGUUCAGGAGAAAUCAACAUGGAAAAUGUGUAUAAGUUCUUCUGGGGGUGUAAAUCCAUCUUCAUCUUUAGGCAGCAUAAAAUUCUUUUCUGACCAAAUGUCAGACACAGCAAAUGAAUUGGAACGAAUAAAAAGCAAGAACUUGAAAAAUAGUGUGUUGCAACUACCUCUGUGUGAAAAAACAAUAUCUGUGAAUAUUCAGCGAAACCCGAAAGAGGGACUGUUGUGUACCUCCGGUCAAACUACUUGCUGUCAUGUUGUUUGACAAUAACCGGACUUAACCCAUUCUACUUGACAUCACCAAUCUUCCUUUUCAGAGCUGUGAAUACUUUAUUUCACUGAAAUCCUUCAUUGCCAUUGUCUUAAUAUUUUAAAGUGAGCUUUGAGCAGUAAUUUAUUAUGUUUUAAUUUUAGUUUGCUUGAUAUGACAAUGCAUGAUUUUUUGCAUGCUGCUAGCCAACACGGUUUUUUUGUUCCAAACAGACCAGACUAUUGUGUAUUUUUUUACAUUUAUAAUUUUAAUAUGAAAUUCUGGAUUACAGUAAGGCUUGUAUCCUAAUCCAGUGUAAAUGAAGCACUUAGUAGUUUCAUGUUCUGCACUUAAACUAGGGAGAGGGAGAGAGAGUAUUCUUGUUUCUAAGUGAAAUGUCCAAUCUUGUUCUGAUCUGUUAUACCUAAACUAUGUGAGAUGUGGCAUAAUUCUGUGUGUUUGCAAUGGAACCAAAGCAAUAAUAUUUUAGUACUGAAAACUCUUUUGGGAGCUUUCAGAUUUCCAAGGCUUGUACAAAGCAAAACUGCACUGAAAAGGUGUCUUUAACUAUGAUUUUAAUCCUACAUCUUUGUCUUAAACUGUAAUAUAUGGUAGGUAGUUGCAGAACUGAAGAUCGUGUUUUGGGAAAGGCAAGAUUUAAAACAACACUUUAAGGCAGCUUUUCUCCAUAGAAAUAUUGUUACAUGCAGACAAUCUUUUAAAAAUAGUAACUAAGGAAAAUAUAGUCAUCUGUCUGGAGCUUUGUACAAUCAAAGGGAAAAUUGAUUCAGUAAUAGUACAUAAAAUCGUGGUAGUUAAGUACAGUGCAGGCCACUUAAAACGGACCAAUGUAUGUAGUUGUCGAGAGAUCUAUUCCAAUAAACCAGUUCUUAUGAAUUGCCAAGUUGGUAUCUUCUGAACAUGUCCUCUAUCCUGCCCAUUAGCAGUCAGUCUAUUUUCAAUAUUAAUGUCAGCUUUGUUGAGAGCUUAUUACUUUAUGGAUCAAGUAUCUCAGCUGUUUUAACACUGCUGCCAUGUACGCCAUGGACACUUACGAGAGGCGGCAAUCAACUCCAUGUAAAGUUGUUUAUACCAGAAGUUGUUCUGAUACAUAAUUCAGGUGUUUUAAUCAGAUAUUUUAAUCAGAUAUUUUAAAUGAAAUUGAUGGAAAUAGAAACUGCAUUUGGAACAGAGUAAGGACCUUUUAAAUUUAACAGAGAGCCUAGUGGAAUACACUGUAAAUCUAAUGUCUGAUAUUUCAGAAUACAACAUGGAAUACAAUUGCAGAUUUCAAGAAAUUCCUUUUGCUGUCAUAUUUAUUUGCUGGAUAUAAAAUAGCUGCCUUGUUGAAUUUCCCUCAGUAACUCUCUCUCCAAAUCAAGUCUAAUAAUAAUAAUAAAAAAUAUAUGGAUCAAUUUCUUUCUACAUUCUUCACACUGUUGUUGGCACACCUUUUUAAAUCCCUUGCUAUUGAAAUGCUAGCAAAUGAACUAGUUUGCAUUUUUCUGUACAAAACGAUACUUUUGACAAGAUGAACUCUUUUGUGGACUUUUAUCUAGAAUCAAAUAUAUAUUAGAUUCCUAAUUUUGUGAAGGGCAAGAAUGUUAUUUUUUUCAUGCCAUGUGUGCUGGGUCUUCAAAGCAAUGUUGGUAAGAAUUGAUGGAAUUAUGUAGCAACAUCCCAGACAGGCACUGAUGUCUGAAACAGUUUACACACGUUUAGUAUCUUAAUGCUAGUGAAAUGGUCAAGUAGAAUGCAUUUCAUUUACAUUGUAGUCUGUAGAGCACCAAAGAGUAUGUUUGGUUAUGAUUUAUGUUGUUCACACUAACCCCGAUCUUGCUAGUGAUGCAACCCCAAGGCACGCUUACAAAAAAACCCCUUCCAUUGAAUUCAGCACAAAUUAUUUCCAAGCAAACAAGUUUGAGAUGCACUUGUAAGUCUAAAUGGUAUAGCAUAUUUUAAUAUUUAGCCUAGUUGGAGCUUAUACUUCUUCCCAAAUACAGCAAGUCAUAAAUAAAACAUUCUACUUCUUAAAACUUCAGUGUUUUUAAGCUGUUGCAGCUUAGUUUUGAAACAGCCUACCAUGCUAUAUACCAAUAUAAUAUCAACAGCUGGAAGCUACAGAAACAUGUGUGGGCGAAGCCAUAGAACGUAUUUGCUUGAAAUUUUCUUGAGCAGGGAUCUUAUAAAGGGCCAGAAAUAUGGAUAGUUCACAGAAGAUAAUGAACACAGCAUCUAUUAAAAAGUAGGAGAAACUUUAUUAAAAGGGCAUUGGCAAUAAAUUUUGCAGCUUUUUAUUUUCAUGUAUUGUAAAUAUUCUUUCCACACCGUGUACAGCCUUGGAAUGGCACCUUUUGACUAACCCAGGUGUGUGUGUGGGGUUUUUUUGUUUUGUUUUUAUAUACAAAUGUAUAUAUAUGGUGCUCACUUUAGAACAGCAGUGUUGACCAUUUAUGCUGCAUAGCUGUAAUAUAGCCUUAUUUAGUUGUGUAUGGUUGGUUGAACCUUUGGGUGUACAGAUGUUACCUUGAGUGUCUUUUUAUUCAUUUGUUCACAGGUGAAUGAUUGUGCAUGUGUUGUAUGUUGUAUUACGUUGUCAUGUUAAAGGAGGGAGCAAAUAAACCACUACAUUAAAAUAUAUUGGACCAAACUAUUAUAGAGCAAGUAACAGUUUCUUGUACCCCUUAAACCUGUCUUUACAAGUUGCAUAUAGUUACUGUAGCAUAUAAAUUAAAUAUUGUGGAAAGCAACUAGUCUUGUAUAUUUCUGUAUGUGUAUAUAAUGUACUUCUAGCAACUUACCUGUAUUUAAGAUGUGACAAUCUUGACACAGAAUUUUACAAGUAGCAGUGAAAUUAAGCAGAACGGAGGCCAAGAACAAGAAGCUAUACAUGUUACGGCGGGUACAAAAAUAUCAGUUGAUCUUUGUCAAUUGCUUCCAGCGAUCAUUUGGCUUUCUUCAUUGUAAAAACAUUCAUGGUGUUACAAAUGAAAAAGAAAUCCAAUUAAUAAAACUGACCUUUUUAUUGGUGCAUAAAUUACUUCCAUGUCAACUUUGUACACUCAAAUAUGGCUACUGUUACAUUACUGAUUUAUUGUGGUUUUAAGUCCUUGUCCAUAAUGCAGUAUCUUAUGUCAUAACGGGUAAAAAAUCCAUACAAAGUAAAAUUUUAUUGCAAAAGCAGGUGGGAAAUGCAUUGCCCGUUAAUAUUAUCUCACAAAUAAACUGAAAUUUGAAACAUG